ACCACAGUUUUACUGUAGAAAUGUAUCUGGGGUAUUUUGGGGGGAGCCAUGGUUACUAAAUUUCUUGUAUAGCUUAAAUGUUGAUAUCUCAGAAAACCACGAAAGGCCAAAAUAAGUUUUUAUAACGGCAUUAUUUAGAUGAAGUGGUGCUUGUUUAGCAUUUGCAAGUUUCGGUGACUGUUUGAGUGUAAAUGAACUCAUUAUUAUGCUAAUGAGCUCUCGACUGCCCUCGUGACGUCACGGCGGGGGUGUGAGAGCGCGCGGGCUGCGGCUGUAGAUGAGUUCAGAGCGCGCGAGUGUGAACAUCAGCUACAUACUUUACAGCACGAGACCGAGGCGCGACACAACCGGCUUUCACCCCAGCUACAUGCACAGACCUCCAGUCCAUCUCUCGACAGAGACAGGGAUGGCUGGGAAACCAUUCCGAGCCACGUACAUCUGGACGAACAUCAUCAAUAACCUUCAGACGCAGGUGGAGGUGAAGAGGAGACGCCACAAUCUGAAAAUCUACCAUGACUGCUUUCUGGGCUCAGAGGCCGUGGACGUGGCUCUGGCUCACAUCAUUCAGAGCAAGAUCUGUGGAGACGACGAGGUGCCUCGUUCCAAAGCAGUCCGCCUCUGCCAGGCUCUCAUGGAGGCCAGAGUCUUUGAGGCGGUGGACACUAAGGUGUUUGGGAAAGAAAAGAGGCAAGCCAAGUUUGAGGACAGCAGCUGUAGUCUGUACAGGUUUCUAAACAUGCCGACCCCAAGCGCAUCAAGCUCAGAGACCAUCGAUAGUGAAUACGACAAAAGGAAAGAAGACUCUGUGUAUUCAAACAACUCACCUGUCAAAACGGAGAAGUCUCUGGAGGAUGUUUUGGGAAAUCUGAACAUGAGCACAACCAUCACACCACAGAUGAUGAAUCUGGGGUUAUCACAGGAGUUGAUGGAUGAAAUAUGGCAGCAGCAGACGAUACUAAGGCUCCUGAAGCUGAUUGAGCUGCCGCUUCUGGAGAGCCUGUUGGAGGGCCAAGAGAGCCCUCGACCGCCCCUCCACAGCAUGGACAGCGACCCAGACCUCCUCUACACCAGCAGCUACCUGGACCGUGAGAUCCUCAAGGCCUUCAGUGAGGCUCAAGCAGACAGCUGGUUGUCGGCAGCUGUGGACUGUCUGGAGUUUCUUCCUGAUCAGCUGGUGGUGGAGGUGAGCCGAGGACUGGCCAGGUGUGCGGAGGAGACGUCCCAGUAUAAGCAGCUCCUCUACAGAGCCCUCGUUCAGCACUACGGCCAGUCGGACUACCCACCGCUGCUCAGCAACCACGUCUUUGACAUCCACUCAGGCGUCUCCGAGCUGCUUGUGAACGGGAAGCAGGAGCAGGCGCUGGAGUCUCUUCAGCUCUGUCUGAAGCUGCAGGAUUCUCGCAGUAGAGAGGAGCUCCGCAGGUUACUGCGCUUUAUGGCCCUCGCCGCCGGCCCUCAGGAGACCAAACUACACAAAGAGAUAGAGAACAGAAUGGCAGUGAAGAGGGCGUUCUGCAAUGCUAUUGUGUAUGGGACUAAACUAGCCAAGGGGAAGGUUGAUCUUCUGGUUCUUUUCAUGAUGGACAACCACCACGACCUCUUCAAAAUUCCCGUCACUUUGCACAAACUUGUAAGUGAUAAACUGGCCAGUAUCAUCAAAGGAACAGAUCCGGAUCUCAUCACAGGAACAACGUACUGUCGGCGUCUGACUGGAAAAGAUUACCUGGAAACAGUUCAGAAAACUACCAGAGAAGAGCUGUGGACGUUACUGAAGACUAUUCACGAGAACUCCAAGCUCUCUCUGAAAGAGAAGCGCCGUCUGCUCGGACAGUUCUACAAAGGACAUCCUGAAAUAUUCGUGCAAUAUUUUGGCAACAGAAUAUCCAAUGUUUAUAUUUAAAGAUCUUCAGUUAAUUUUAUAUGUAUAAUAUGUAAAAAGUAUUGUUAAUAUGUAUAUAUUUAUACCACUGUUAUAUAUGUAUUGAUGGAGAAUGAGAUUUGUUGGACAAUUAACAUAUUUUUUCUAUUCUUUAUCAAAAUGAUGAUAUUAUAUUACCACUUACUGCCCAAAAAAACAACUAAAAUCCUACACUUCAGAAAAACAGAAAUCUGUCUUUAAAAGAAAAAAAUAGGCUACAAAAAAAGUUAACAAAGAGUCCGAACUGCUUCGAGUUCAACAAGUUCAGAAUUUGCUCGGCGGGAAAUAGGUGGGUUAGUAAUUACAGACAGAUGCUGAAGGCUGAAUUGUGAAGGUGGUGAAUCUUCUAAGUGCAUAUCCUCAGUUUCUGUCCUCAGAUAGUAGCAGAUGCAUUAGAAGGCACACGCCCUCUUAGCAAAAGUGUGUUAAAAAGCUUAUUUUAACUACAAAGAUGGUUUCAGUUGUUUUUGAUAUAUUAAAUGCAAAAAGGGAGGCAUAAAAUGUACAGCAGACACUAAGAAAUUUACAGUCAAACUGAACCAGCACAUAAAUAUUUUAUGUGGCCCUUUAAAAAGUAAUGUUGGUGAGCAUUUUUGUGCUGCCAGGAGAUGACCAAGCAACUAAUGUCUGUUUUAACAGUGUGGAAACUUAUAUUUGCUUAAAAAGCUAAAUAUGGAGAUGAAAUAAACUUAUCACAGAAAACACAAUAA